UUAAUCAAACCUUUAAUCCAUAUGACAAGGGGAGCAGCAAAUGAAGAAGGCGGUAAAUGCUUCGCAGACAUGUCACUGUCAUGACUGUUGGCAGCAGUAGCCGGCCUUCCCUGCGCUGACAGCUGGAUACAAAAUCGUGAAUUGUUUCUUCAGUGUUCUUAAUGUGUACGUACGUUAGGUACGUCAUGUACAUUUUCAUCCAAGUAAUAAUAUGAUGAUGCUUCCAAAAUAUUUGCACAGUCAAAAUAAUCGUCUUCGUUGUAAACUGCUAUGCUGCUCAAGUCUCUACACCACGUCCUCUGCAAAACCUUGUGUUCAUCUGUUCGUCCAAACUUCAUCGUCAAAGGUCCUCGUCCAAACUCCAUCAUCUGCCAGCACCGACAGGCGAGGGCGCUAUUCACAAUGGAAGAGGUUGAGAAGGGCUUUCGGGAGGAUGUCAACCUGGCAGCCGUGUGCCAGAUGACGGCUACGGAAGACAAAGAUGCCAAUUUCCGAGCUGGUUCCUACCUGGUUCAGCGAGCUGCCAAGAUGGGUGCUAAGAUGGUGUUCUUGCCCGAGGGUGUGGACUAUAUCGCCUCUUCGGCAGAGAAGUCAGCCAGCAUGGCUGAGCCACUCAACGGCAAAAUGGUGACUGGCUACGCUGAGCUGUGCAGACAGUACGGUGUGUGGAUAUCACUGGGUGGGGUCCAUGAAAUGGGACCAGUACAGCCAGUCGGCGAUAAAAUCUACUGCGCCCACGUUCUUCUCAAUCCAGAGGGGGAAAUUGCAUCCGUGUAUCGCAAAGCGCAUCUGUUCCAAGCGCAGAUAGAAGGCCGCAUGAACCUACAAGAGUCCAGUUAUGUUCUCCAUGGCGAGCACAUGAGCAAAGUUGUGGACACUCCCCUGGGCAAAGUAGCGCCAAUGGUUUGUUACGAUGUACGGUUUCCUGAAAUGUCCACGGCCCUGACCCAGCAAGGAGCAGAGAUUCUCACCUACCCGUCAGCAUUCACACAGCUCACAGGAAUGGCACACUGGGAGGUGCUACUACGCAGCAGAGCCAUAGAGAACCAGUGUUAUGUAAUUGCAGCCGCACAAACGGGUAAACAUCAUGAGAAGAGGGCUUCAUAUGGCCGGGCUAUGAUUGUGGAUCCGUGGGGCUGCAUUGUCGCCUGUUGCCAUGACGGCCUGGAUGUUGCCGUGGCCGAUAUCGACCUGAGUUAUCUGCGCAGAGUCCGCACUGAGAUGCCCGUCAUGCAGCAUCGAAGGCACGACCUGUGUGGACGCUUGGAGGGAAGCAGCAGUAAGACCAAUGAUGACGACUGCUGACAAUAAUAUAUGCAGUUACCAUGUCAAUGAUGGGAGUUGGAUAUCAUCACACAAACAUAGCAAAGAGCGUGUGCUAAACAUGCAGGACUUUUGCAUAUGUUUGUCUAAGGCCAAAAAAAAAAAAUAGUCGGUCUCUGGUC